AUGAAGGAUCUGGUGGCCCUUCAGAUGAGCCGACGUCCCCGGGUGCCUGGAUAUGAGACCAUGAAGAACAAGGACACGAGUCACCCAAAUAGGCAGAAAAAACACAACAGCAGCAGCUCAGCCCUUCUGAACAGCCCCACAGUAACAACAGGCUCAUGUGCAGGGGCCAGUGAGAAAAAGAAAUUUUUGAGUGAUGUCAGAAUCAAGUUUGAGCACAACGGGGAGAGGCGAAUUAUAGCAUUCAGCCGUCCUGUGAGAUAUGAAGAUGUGGAGCAUAAGGUGACAACAGUAUUUGGGCAACCUCUUGAUCUACAUUACAUGAACAAUGAGCUCUCCAUCCUGCUGAAAAACCAAGAUGAUCUUGAUAAAGCAAUCGACAUUUUGGAUAGAAGCUCAAGCAUGAAAAGCCUUAGGAUAUUGCUGCUGUCUCAGGACAGAAACCAUACCAGUUCCUCUCCCCACUCAGGGGUAUCCAGGCAGGUGCGGAUCAAAGCUUCCCAGUCCGCGGGGGAUAUAAAUACUAUCUACCAGCCUCCCGAGUCCAGAAGCAGGCACCUCUCAGUCAGCUCCCAGAACCCUGGCCGAAGUUCACCUCCCCCUGGCUAUGUGCCUGAGCGGCAGCAGCACAUUGCUCGGCAAGGGUCCUACACCAGCAUUAACAGUGAAGGGGAGUUCAUCCCAGAGACCAGCGAGCAGUGUGUGCUGGAUCCCCUGAGCAGUGCUGAAAAUUCCUUGUCGGGAAGCUGCCAAUCCUUGGAGAGGUCAGCAGACAGCCCAUCCUUCCGGAAAUCACGAAUGUCUCGAGCCCAGAGCUUUCCAGAUAACAGACAGGAGUACUCAGACCGGGAAACUCAGCUCUAUGACAAAGGGGUCAAAGGUGGAACCUACCCCCGGCGCUACCAUGUAUCUAUGCACCACAAGGACUACAAUGAUGGCAGAAGAACAUUUCCCCGAAUACGGCGUCAUCAAGGCAACCUGUUCACUCUGGUGCCUUCCAGCCGCUCCCUGAGCACAAAUGGCGAGAACAUGGGUCUGGCAGUGCAAUACCUGGACCCCCGUGGGCGCCUGAGGAGUGCAGACAGCGAGAAUGCCCUCUCUGUGCAGGAAAGGAGCGUGCCAACCAAGUCUCCUAGUGCCCCCAUCAAUUGGCGCCGGGGCAAGCUCUUGGGCCAGGGUGCCUUCGGCAGGGUCUAUUUGUGCUAUGACGUGGACACGGGACGUGAACUUGCUUCUAAGCAGGUCCAAUUUGACCCAGACAGUCCUGAGACAAGCAAGGAGGUGAGUGCUCUGGAAUGUGAGAUCCAGUUGCUCAAGAACUUGCAGCAUGAGCGCAUUGUGCAGUACUACGGCUGUCUGCGGGACCGUGCUGAGAAGACUCUGACCAUCUUCAUGGAGUACAUGCCAGGGGGCUCGGUGAAGGACCAGUUGAAGGCCUACGGAGCUCUGACGGAGAGUGUGACCCGAAAGUACACCCGGCAGAUCCUGGAGGGCAUGUCCUACCUGCACAGCAACAUGAUUGUCCACCGGGACAUCAAAGGAGCCAACAUCCUCCGAGACUCUGCUGGGAAUGUGAAGCUGGGGGACUUUGGGGCCAGCAAGCGCCUGCAGACCAUUUGCAUGUCAGGGACAGGCAUGCGCUCGGUCACUGGCACACCCUACUGGAUGAGCCCUGAGGUGAUAAGCGGCGAGGGCUAUGGAAGGAAGGCAGACGUGUGGAGCCUGGGCUGCACUGUGGUGGAGAUGCUAACAGAGAAACCACCUUGGGCAGAGUAUGAAGCAAUGGCUGCCAUUUUCAAGAUUGCCACCCAGCCCACCAAUCCUCAGCUGCCCUCCCACAUCUCUGAACAUGGCCGGGACUUCCUGAGGCGCAUUUUUGUGGAGGCUCGCCAGAGACCUUCAGCUGAGGAGCUGCUCACACACCACUUUGCACAGCUCGUGUACUGAGCUCUCAAGGUCAUGCUGCUGCUGGCUGCCCCCUGUUACACCAGCAGGGGGCUGCUGCAGGGCUUAGCGAAGUUGCUGCUUCUCCCAGGCAAGGCUGUGGACCAUGGAGCUGCAGUCCAGCCAGCGUCUGUAUGUGCCCUUCCACCACUGGGGCUCAGAAUCAGGAUGGUUGUCUGCAGCCUCAAGGACUGGGAGCUCCCAGCAUGUUAGACCCCAGAG